GAGCCGCCUGCCGCUCGACGGUGCGGGCCCCGUUGCCCUGGAAACGGGCUCCCGGCAGUCCCCGCGGCCCGGAGUCCAUCCCCGCCUCCUCCGGCCCGGCUGGGCCGACGAGUCUGGAGGGGCCGCCGCGGGAGGACCAGCCGUUGGAAGGUACAGCGCCGUGUGCUUCAGCCCCAGCUCCCGCUCUUCCCGCCCGAAGGCCGCGGCCGAGGCCUUGGCCAUGGCGUCCGGGUCGGGGCCCGUGGCGUUCAGAGAGUUCUGCCCCUUGUACUCGCUCCUCAACGCCAUCCCCACCAGGGUCCAGAAGGGCCUCCGCUCCGUGCUGGUCUACCUCACGGCCCUCGACGCCAGCGGGGACUACAUCGCCGUGGGCAGCAGCGUCGGGAUGCUCUACCUGUACUGCCGCCGCCUCGACCGGAUGAAGAAGUACAACUGCGAGGGGAAAACGGAGUCCAUCACGGUGGUGAAGCUGCUGAGCUGCUUUGACGACCUUGUGGCUGCAGGCACGGCCUCUGGGAGGGUUGCCGUCUUUCAGCUCGUGUCGUCCUUGCCGGGGAGAAAUAAACAGCUUCGGAGAUUCGAUGUCACUGGCAUUCACAAGAAUAGCGUAACGGCCCUGGCGUGGAGCCCCAACGGAAUGAAAUUGUUCUCCGGAGACGACAAAGGGAAAAUCGUCUAUUCUUCUCUGGAUCUAGACCAGGGCGCCUGUCACUCGCUCCUGGUGCUGGAGGAGCCGGCGUCCAUCGUGCAGCUGGACUACAGCCAGAAGGUGCUGCUGGCCUCCACCCUGCAGAGAAGCCUGCUCUUCUACACCGAGGAGAAGUCCGUCCGGCAGGUCGGAACGCAGCCGAGGAAAAGCACUGGGAAAUUUGGUGCCUGUUUUAUACCAGGACUUUGUAAGCAAAGCGAUCUAACCUUGUACGCAUCCCGGCCUGGGCUCCGGCUGUGGAAGGCUGACGUCCACGGGACCGUUCAAGCCACGUUCAUCUUGAAGGAUGUCUUUGCGGGAGGAGUCAAGCCUUUCGAGCUCUACCCGCGCCUGGAAUCCUCCGACAGGGGAAGUUGCAGCUUCCCGGAGAAACACCUGGGACUCGUCUCAUGCUUCUUUCAAGAAGGCUGGGUGUUGAGUUGGAAUGAGUACAGCAUUUACCUUCUAGACACCAUCAACCAGGCCACAAUUGCUGGUUUGGAAGGGUCAGGUGAUAUCGUGUCUGUUUCCUGCACAGAAAAUGAAAUAUUUUUCUUAAAGGGAGACAGAAACAUCAUAAGAAUUUCAAGCAGGCCUGAAGGACUGGCGUCAAUAGUGCGGGACGGUCUGGAGACGGCAGGAUGCCUGGAGCCAGCCCACGGGCAGCAUGCAGAGAAGCCGCCGGGGGCCACGCUUUCCGAGACAAGGCUGAGAGGCUCCUCCGUGGCCAGCUCUGUGGCCAGCGAGCCCAGGAGCCGGAGCAGCUCGCUCAACUCCACCGACAGCGGCUCCGGGCUCCAGGCGCCCGAGCUGGGCAAGGGCAGCCAGCUCGGCGCCAAGAGGUUCAGUGUGAUCAGCUCCGAAGACUUCGCUCAGGAGCUCGUCGUGAAGCCUCUCAAGGUGAAGAGGAAGAAGCGGAAGAAGAAGCCAGAAGGCGGAGGCGGGAGUGCCUGCCCCAGUUCCCUUGAGUCGACCCCCUGCUGCGAGUGUGCUGGCGACAGCCCCCAGUCCUUGAGCGCAGACCUGCUGUCUACGGCCUCGAGUCUGGGCAGCAUCGUGGAUCGGUCCAGCACGGGGUCUCCAGACCAGGAGAGCACCCUGAGUGGCGAGGUGAACGGUGUCCUGUCUGAAUAUAACGACCCUGAAGCGUUCAGUGUCCUGGAGGCGCCUGCCCCUGCCCCUGAUUCGGCAAGUGAAGACAGUGGCAGCAGACCUGAGACCCCCACACGUGACCUCGCAGGGGAGACGGAGCCUUCAGCUCGGUGGCCGAGGGGGGCCGAGGGGGUCGAGGGCGGCGUCCCAGAACUCGAAGAGGAGCCCCGUCCUGCCGACCGUGGGCUGGGCCACCCACUCUCACCCUGCCCAGAGCAGGGCCACUCUGCUGAGGUCUGCGAGGUGGGGGGCAUGGAGCCUGAGGGCCCCCAGGGCCCUUUUUCUGAAGCCCCCCUCCUGGACUCACCCCCCGUGCCUUCCAGCCCCAGCUGGGCCCCCAGGGCUGAGCGGUGGCUUCCGGGGACCAGGGCUGACGGAGGCAGGGAAGAGCAGGGCUUCCUAGCACACGCGGGGGCCUCCGGCCACCUCGGCUCCAGUCCCUGGCACGCCGUCACUGACAGCGACACAGGCCAGAAGACAGGGGCCGCUUCCGAAGGUGACUCGGAGACCGCGGGGACAGGACCGAGCCCCCGGGCCUCUGCCUGGGGGGCCAGCACCCACGAGCAGCCUGCACGGGACCAGGUGGUGACGUCCAGCGACGAGGAGGACAUCUAUGCCCAGGGGCUGCCCUCCUCGUCCUCGGAGACAAGCGUGGCGGAGCUGGGCGCUGGCCGCUCCCUGCAGGACCUGAGCCGGCCCGGUCCAGAGGAUCCCGGGCUGCUCAAGUCAGAUCAGUUUGCAGAAAGCUGGAUGGGCUACUCCGGUCCCGGCCACGGCAUUCUCAGCUUGGCGGUCUCCGAGAAGUACGUCUGGUGUCUGGACUACAAAGGCGGCCUGUUCUGCAGCGCGCUGCCGGGGGCCGGGCUGCGCUGGCAGAGGUUCGAAGAUGCCGUCCAGCAGGUGGCAGUCUCCCCCUCAGGAGCCCUUCUCUGGAAGAUUGAGCAGAAAUCCAACCGCGCCUUUGCUUGUGGAAAAGUGACCAUCAAGGGGAAGCGCCACUGGUACGAAGCUCUGCCCCAGGCGGUGUUCGUGGCCCUGAGCGACGACACAGCCUGGAUCAUCAGGACAAACGGAGACCUGUACCUGCAGACAGGUCUCAGCGUGGAUCGCCCCUGCGCCAGGGCCGUAAAGAUCGACUGUCCGUACCCACUGUCCCAGGUCACAGCCCGAAACAGCGUGGUGUGGGCGCUGACGGAGCAGAGAGCGCUCCUGUACCGGGAGGGCGUGAGCAGCUUCUGCCCCGAGGGGGAGCAGUGGAAAUGUGACAUUAUCAGUGAAAGGCAAGCCUUGGAGCCCGUCUGCAUUACGCUCGGGGGCCAGCAGACGCUGUGGGCCCUGGACAUCCGGGGCAACCUGUGGUUCAGAACUGGCAUCGUGUCCAAGAAGCCCCAAGGAGACGACGACCACUGGUGGCAGGUGAGCAUCACAGACUACGUGGUAUUCGACCAGUGCAGCUUGUUCCAGACCAUAAUCCACGCCACACACUCGGUGGCCACAGCGGCCCAGGUACCUGUCGAAAAGGUGGCGGAUAAACUGCGCACGGCGUUUUGGUCUCAGCAGCUUCAGUGCCAGCCGAGCCUGCUCGGGGUCAACAGCAGUGGCGUCUGGAUCUCCUCUGGCAAGAACGAAUUCCAUGUGGCUAAGGGAAGUCUCGUCGGCACUUACUGGAAUAACGUUGUUCCCCGUGGGACGGCCUCUGCAACAAAAUGGGCCUUUGUGCUGGCUUCCACCGCUCCCACCAAGGAAGGAAGCUCCCUGUGGCUGAGCCAGAGCAGCAAGGACCUGUACAGCAUCAGCGCCCAGCACGCCUGGUCCCGCCCGUCCACCGUGCAGCUGCCUCCCGAUGCCGAGAUGAGGGCCUACGCUGCCUGCCAAGACGCCCUGUGGGCCCUGGACAGCCUGGGCCAGGUGUUCAUCAGGACGCUGUCCAGGAGCUGCCCCACGGGCAUGCACUGGACGAGGCUGGACCUUUCCCAGCUAGGAGCCGUGAGACUGACGAGCUUGUCGUGUGGAAAUCAGCACGUCUGGGCCUGCGAUUCCCGGGGUGGCGUUUACUUCCGUGUAGGAACGCAGCCUCUGAACCCCAGUCUGAUGCUUCCGGCCUGGAUCAUGAUUGAGCCACCUGUCCAGCCAGCUGGGGUCACCUUGGUCAGCGUCCAUUCCAGCCCCAACGACCAGAUGCUGUGGGCCCUGGACAGCAGGUGGCACGUGCACGUCCGAGCUGGGAUCACCGAGGAGAUGCCAGUGGGCACCAACUGGGAGCAUGUGCCAGGGUUGCAGGCCUGCCAGCUAGCCCUGAGCGCCAGGACUGUGUGGGCCCGCUGCCCCAACGGGGACCUUGCCCGACGGUACGGCGUCACCGACAAGAACCCGGCCGGAGACUACUGGAAGAAGAUCCCCGGAAACGUGACGUGCUUCACAGUGACCUCGUCGGAUGAGCUGUGGGCAGUGGGCCCCCCCGGCUACCUCCUCCAGCGGCUGACAAGGACUUUCAGCCCUUCCCACGGUGCCCAGAGCAGCCACGCCACCGGCCCGCACCCCGAGGACCUGGAGGACGAGUGGGAGGUCAUCUGAAGGAGCUGCUGGGACGGAGGAGGCCGGGCGCGUGUGGCAGACACAGUCGGUCUCCGACUCUCUCCCUCUCAGACUCGCCUCGCCAGCUCCUGUCCGGACACGUCCAGCCAGGUCGGCCGCCCCACACUUGCUUUCCUCCGCGUUUGCCUCCGUCUCGUUCCAGAGCCUCAGCCAGGCUGUAGAGCAGGGCCUCUGACCCCCGCGGGGCCGCGCCCAAGGCGCAGUGGCUGCUGCCAGUUGCAUGCACUACGGCUGCCACCGGGGGCUGCAGUCACCUUCUCCUCACUCACCGCUCCAGGUCCCACGGAGGGGACACCACAGGGCGCCUCCCAUGGGCAGCGCACAGCAGAGCCAGGUUGGGGCUGCCCCCGGGAACCACGUUAGUAGCCACGGAGCUGAAGGUCAGCGCUGCCACCCACCGGACGUGUGCCGUCAUGGCUCGUCUCCAUUGCAGGGUCCCACCACCCCCUCUCUGGGGUGCAGGUCCCAGCGCAUGUUUGCACUGGACCUGACGAUGGGGAACCAUGGCUGUGUCGAGGUGGGGCACCGGGACACACGUGACGCACGCACGCUGCACACACCCUCCCUGCCCGCUCCCAGGGUGGGCCGUGCCCGGCUCCUGGAGAACACAGCUCCGCCGAAACAAUAAAGGCCAGUGGAUGAACCAGAA